GGUUAUUACCAAUAGAGUCGGUCUGUUUGGAGCUAACGUAACCCAGGGACAGAGCUGGAGUGUUGUUUUGAAUCUGCUAGCAAACACCGACUGCAGGAGAAGGUUUUAGAGCCUGACGAGAAGAAGAUGGCGGAUGUUGUAGACGAAGAAACUCGGCCAGUUCUCCCUGCGGCAUCCCGCAACGGUCCGGUUGUUGACGGUUCCUCGGCGGGCACCGUGGGCCAGAAUGCAGCAAUGGUAACGUCAGGUCCGAGGGUAGUAAGGAUCGUCAAGUCGGAGUCUGGCUACGGUUUCAAUGUUCGCGGUCAAGUCAGCGAAGGAGGGCAGCUUCGGAGCAUCAAUGGGGAACUGUACGCUCCGCUCCAACAUGUCAGCGCUGUUUUGCCCGGAGGUGCUGCAGACCGAGCUGGGAUAUCGAAGGGUGACAGGAUCCUGGAGGUCAAUGGCGUGAAUGUGGAAGGUGCAACCCACAAGCAGGUGGUGGACCUGAUCCGCGCAGCAGAGAUGGAGCUGGUUCUGGCCGUGCUGUCGGUUCCACCUCAGGAGGCUGAUGGGCUAGAAGGAGGGGACGACGUCCAACUUAGCUACGACUACGGUGACAAACAGGCCGUCCCCAUUUCUGUUCCCACGUACAAACAUGUAGAGCAGCACUCGGAGAGAUUUGUGGUGUACAAUGUGUACAUGUCAGGAAGGCAGCUGUGCUCGAAACGCUACCGUGAAUUUGCCAUCCUGCAUCAAAACCUCAAGAGAGAAUUCUCUAACUUCAACUUCCCAAAGCUUCCUGGUAAAUGGCCCUUCUCCCUCUCUGAACAGCAGCUGGAUGCUCGUCGUAGAGGCCUGGAGGAAUAUCUGGAGCGAGUGUGUUCUGUGCGGGUGAUUGGCGAGAGUGACAUCAUGCAGGAGUUCCUGUCUGAGUCAGACGAAAACUACAACGGCGUGACAGAUGUAGAGCUGAGGAUAGCCCUGCCAGAUAAGACCACCAUCUCCGUCCGAGUCCGUAAAAACAGCACCACAGACCAGGUGUACCAGGCGUUGGUGAUGAAGGUUGGAAUGGACAGUAUUAUGGCGAGCUACUUCGCCCUUUUUGAAGUCAUCAACCAUUCUUUUGUGAGGAAGCUGGCACCGAACGAGUUCCCUCACAAGCUUUACGUUCAAAACUACACAUCAGCUGUUCCCGGUACUUGCUUAGCUCUCCGCAAAUGGUUGUUUAGCAUUCAGGAAGAGGAGUUGCUACGAGAUAACCCGCUGGCACUGCAUUACUGCUUCCAUCAGGCACUGGACGAUGUGAAGAAGGGAUUCAUAAAGACAGAGGACAAAUCCUACCAGCUGCAGAAGCUGGUGGAGCAGCGCAAGAUGGCCACGUACCUCAGCCUGUUGCGGACGUGUGAGGGCUACAACGAGGUGGUCUUCCCCCACUGCUCCUGUGACUCCAGGAGGAAGGGUCACGUCAUCACGGCUAUCAGCAUCCAUCACUUCAAGCUGCACGCCUGCACCGAGGACGGCACGCUGGAGAACCAGGUAAUAUCAUUUGAGUGGGCGGAGAUGCAGCGCUGGGACACGGACGAGGAGGGGAUGGCGUUCUGCUUCGAGUAUGCCAGAGGAGAGAAGAAACCCCGCUGGGUUAAGAUUUUCACUCCUUAUUUCAACUACAUGCACGAGUGCUUCGAGCGUAUCUUUUGUGAGCUGAAGUGGAGGAAGCAGGUGGAGGAAGAGGCCUCUGAUAAAGACAACAAAAACUGCAGCAACAACGAGUAUCUGCCUCCUCUGGAGACGCAGCAGAAGGGAUGGCGCCACCUAGGGGGGGAAAUCGCUACUUCCUAAAAAAAAUAAAGCCCCGUCACUCAAACCAGAACUGAUCCACUCGCCUCAUCACAGCCACCCACAGAGAGCGCCCAUUGUCAAACUAAGGAGCUGGGAGACCGAGGUUGUCCCGCCUCCUUUUUCCUCCUCCUCCUGAAAGGAGAUGACCAGUUUGGGAUGCUGGAAGAAAAUCCAGAGACGAGCAAAGCGAAGGAAGGAAAAUCAGCAAAAGCCAGCUUUGUAUUUAAUUUACCAGAUCUCCAUUACGUGUCUUUCCUCAUGCAUCUGCCCCGGGACGUCCAGGCUCAACACUAGCAACAUUCUCACCCGUGGACGAGACGGCCCACCGCUCAGGUCUGCCGUGGCUCGGCUGCAAAGCCUCGAAAGGAGCUGACUUCUGGAAUGGAGUUUAGCUGUUCUUACUGACCCGAAUGGCAAACUGAGCUUAGAUGAAAAAAUGGGGCGUUGGUGGAAAAUGUAUUUUCUUUUGCUUCUGUCACAGCCGGUGAUAAGAGAAGAAAGCAAAAACGACACAUAACACUGAUGCUGGACAUUAACAGAAUAGAAGUCAUGUUUUCUAACUGUGGGAUUGUUGGCGUCCUGUUUCUGUCUGAGAACACAAGCAGCACAAAUGUCAUAAUCGAAGUGUUCCUCAUUGAUUUGUAUGUUUAACAAACUGAUGAAAUAUAGAUUAAUAUAAGAGCUGUAAAAAAAAAAAAUGGUUUUCUUGAUCUCACUGAGCUCCACGUUGGCCCGGCUCGGGUCUAACCUGCGCUGCAGAGUGACAUCUGCUGGCAGGCAACCAUUAAUCCGGCUGUAUGGAUAUUUUAUCCCCAUCGGAAGUGUUUUAUGGUGGCAAUUCUGCAGAGCUCCAGAGCUGAGCGAAGGCGGCUUUGUCAUUCUGGGCUCUGCAGGAAUAAUCUCUUCAACAAAAGGUUGAUGGGCCAAAGCGUUAAUGUUAUUGAAACAUCACACCGUACACUACGGGGAACCUGACAGAUUGUGAAUAAAACAGCAGGAUUUGUGUGUGCAGGGGUGCAGUUCUCUGAGCAGGCAGCAGGGGGCAGCAGAGUAUUAGGCCCAGCCAGUCAGUGGGAUGAAAUGAAAAUGUUUAUGCCUCUGGGUCUGUAAGUGACCCAAAAGUUUCACUCUCUCACAUUAAGUCAGGAGGAAGAUGAUGUGUCUCCAGCCACACCCACUCAGUAUUAGCCGUGUGAUUUAAGGAAAGUACACUUGUGAAUUUCUGUCUUGCGAAUCAUAGUUUUAUUUAUGUUUUUUAUGUGUUUACCAGGUUUUUUCUUCAGUGUACUGUAGAAGCUGACAGGUUCUCUCUAAACGGAGACGAUGCUGGGGUUCUGCUCAUCCCACUAAGGGCUAGUGUUUAAAUCAACUAGUUCAGCAAUGUGCUUUAUUUAAAAAAAAUCAUUCAUGAGUCUGAAUAAAUACCUUUUAGGUAGUAAAAUAAUAAAUUCAGAAACAUAGAAACUGAAAAUUUUCACUCUAAAGAAGAGAUUAAAAAAUCUUCAGAAUAAGUUUUCAGUACACGUUUGACUUCAGCAGAUUAAAGUCGAGCUACGUGUGUGUGUGUGUGUGUGUGUGUGUGUGUGUGUGUGUGUUUGGAGCUUGUGCUGCCCGCGCGUGUCCUCCGUGUUUAUCGUUGACAUUGCUGAUAAGCUGUUAGACUAUGAUUGGACGUGUCUGAUGAGCUGUUGGUGCAAAACGAAGAUGGGAUUUGGGUGUAAGACACCAGGCGGAUUUAGACAAAUGAGAAGUGUUAAACGCACACACACACACCUUCUACGCUGUAAGAAAUUUGUUUAUUUGACAUGUAAUAGUUGCCUCUGGGUUACGCAGCAGUUUAUAGCGAUACACACGGCCCGCUGUAGCUUGUGGCCUGAUUGAGAGGGUUCAGAAUCCUGGAUGCUGAUGCUGACGGCUAAAGUAAUAACCAAUUUAGAGAUGGAUGAUGGAAGAUCUGCAGCUGCUCGACCAUGAUGGCGUUUUUGUUUGACUUUACUUGUGACACAGAGGGGAGGCCGUCAGAGGUCCGUGAUUGUGUGCUUGUUUGUCCUCUACUCUCGCUCUCCUCAGGUUGCUCUGCCAUCACGGCAGGGGGAAUGCGGUUGCCGUGGCAGCAACACGUUGCCUCAACACGCUCAGUGCAGCUUCUGUUCCUUUUAUUCCCGUCAUCCAACCGUCUCGCUCCUCCCAAUAAUGUAUUCAACGCUGUGGUUUUUGCCGUUUGAUGUUUGUUCUCUGUCUCAGUGGCUGCUGUGAAUACGCUUCUAGAAAGCGGCUUUUAUUUAAUUUCAUUUCAUUUUUGGGGGGGGGUUGAAUUGAAGUAUUUAGUGGUUUGAUUUGUCUUGUCUAUCCCAUGUGCCGCCUUAUGGUCGAUCAUAGACAGGUUAGUGUGUGUGUUUCCUGUCAGCUGUUGUUCGUUUCACCCCGUGGGCUAAAUGCCAUAGUUGAGAAUAAAUAAAAAAGCGAGAGCGCAGAUGUGACGAGAAUGUAGCCGGGCACGUCUUUAGACAGGUGAGCUGUUUGAUGUUGUCGGAGCGUGCGGCGUUGAGAUGCUGCACGAAUAAGCGAACGGUUAUUUAUUAAAAGAACAAAUUCAGGUAUGAUUUCAGUUACAUGAAUGUUGGAGGGUGCACGAAACUUAAGAGUUAGUAAAAAAUAAAAUAAAAAUGUGAGGGCAAGGCUCUGAAAGUUUCUCCAUCACUAUUUGGAGUGCAGUUGCUACGGCAACACAUCAGCUGUCUGAGUCUUGUGUUAAGUCUGCGUUAGUUGAAGUUGUGUAGCUCACACUCCGCUUUUUGUUCUUAUUUUUCUGUCUUUGCUGGAUGUUUUGGGUCCAGUCGGAGUCGUUCUCAUCUGUGGAGACUCGGUAUUCAUCACAGAUGCUGCACAGCCCGCGUCCUAACGUUGACUAGCAUGACGGGUGGAUGUAAGUGCUGUUUUAAAAACAAAGUGUCUACCUAUAAUUAGCUGCUUUGGAAGGAAAAACCAAAAAAGCAGCGACAGAAAAACUCCUAAAAAGCAUUUGUCUUCAGUUUAACCUAUAAAAUGUUUUUAAAUGAAAGAAAAAGUAUCCUACUUUCAAAAUAAAUGCACUCUAAUUUCCUCAAACUUCUAUUUAUUUAAAGAUAUUUCUCAAAUUCUAGUGUGAAACCUUUCUAGACACUAUUCACUCUUUAUUUAGUGUGGGGGCCUACUACAAAAGACUCAGUUGUUUAAAAUGUGGUUUCUCAUUUGAUGAGUGUAUAAAGACAUCAAUUAACUCAAGCUAAAAAAAAUAGUUUUAUAUCUAAAAAUGUCUUUGAAGGUUUACUAACCAGUAUAAAAAAUACAAAAAUUUAAAAUGUUGUGUAGAGUAAUAAAUUGUAACAAUAUUUUAAAUAAAGUUAUAUAUUGGGAAAGGU